UUCUUGUUUACAGCGAAACUGACGUAACUUAGCAGGACAUAUUUUGCUGUUUUCUUCCAAUCGUUUCCGAUUUCAAUCUUUGUCAGUGGUAAUAUUUUGUAAAAAUGAGAGGUGAUGAUGCAUACGACGAUUUUUGGUCGUCCUACCGUCGUCCGUUUGGACACAGAAGUCGUUUUCAUGAUGGCCACACGGAUGAUGUGUUUGGAAAUGUACAAGAAGAGAUGAGAAGAAGCAUGGAAGAUAUGAACAGACAAAUGGAGGAUGCUUUCCGAAAUUUUGGAAGUGGGAGAGGUUUUAAUUCCCAUUUCGACAAUGAUCGAAGACUGUCAGCAUUAGAUGAUGGGUUUUCAUCUCACAGUCCAGGGGACGCCAUGUUGAAAUAUGAUAGAAGAUUUGAUGUGCCAGCUAUCCCUGAUCAUAGACCCAGAAGAUCAUUGUUUAACGGAAUGUUCAACAGUCCAUCCCGCUGGGAGAGAGAUUUUAAUGUACCAUCAGGUGAGAGUGGAACUUAUUCUUGUGGAAAAUCGUACACCAUGUUCAGCAUCUCUGAUGGAAAUAAUAAAAAGUUUGAAGAAAGAAGAACAAUUCGUAACCCAGAUGGGACUGAAGAGGAAGAGGUAGUGAGAAAUCUAAAUGAUAGAUCCCAUGUUACACGGACUACAACUGAUAAAUACGGUAGAAGAGAAACCAAUGAAAGGUUAAAUAAUCUUGAUGAUGUUGACUUGAUGCAAUUUCAAAGAGAAUGGAACGAAACCAACAGACAACCAUAUACAUUAGAAGAUGUUCGCGGUGACGAACUUGUGCCAAGGACUGGUCGGCGCUCAAUCCUAGAUCGUUGGUUCCGUUAGUAAAGAAGAAUGGUAAAGGCAGACUCUGUGAUAUUAGUUAGAUUAAACCCUCUCUAUUGAGAUCUUAUUUAUAUAAUAUAUGUAGAGAUAUGUAUUUAGCUAUCAAGUGGUUUAGGGUUGUCAAUUGAGAAAUCUUAUGAUAUAUAAGUUUGAAAAUUUAGACUUGCUGUAAACUUUUAUCACGUUUUAAGUGACAAAAACCACAGUUCCUCAAAAAUUCCUAAAUUCAAAAUCUCAAGCGGGUAAAUUAAUGUUUAGAAUUAAACUGAGAUGAAUUUUGAAUGUAAGAUUUGAUAUUAAUUGGGUCCAGAUUUCCAUUUUUUCUUUAUCUGCAUCAUACCGAAGCAUCAUUUCAAUGCCUUUUUUGUUUGUAGAAAACUAGAACUCUCAAAAUUAGUCUGAUAAGAUCCAUUGCCUUAUUUUCAGUA